AUGGCCAUAAAGCCAAGGAUCUUAUACCAGACAGGCAAUGUCUUUAAGCAAACUCUUCACGAUAUUAGAAGAUUUCUUUCUAUCUUGCAGCCGAAUAACAUUACUUUCUGUAUCAUUUUGCCUCUUAUUGGAUUCUUUUGGAGCUUUUUCCAAUUGCUAUCUUAUCAAACGUUUAUCUUGGGAGGAAUAUUAUAUAUAAUAUCUGGUGUUGGCAUCACGGCUGGUUAUCAUCGCCUUUGGUCACAUCGAUCAUUCACUGCCUCUCCAGGCUUAAGCUUCUUUCUGGCACUUGCUGGCGCAAGUAGUGUUCAGGGCUCAAUAUUAAACUGGUGCCAGAUGCAUCGUGCCCACCACCGUUAUGUGGAUACUCCAAAAGACCCGUACAAUGUGAGCAAGGGCAUAUGGUGGUCUCACAUGGGAUGGCUAAUUUUCAGGCCUGAUCCCAACUCGAAAGGGCACGUUGAGAUGUCUGAUUUGCUCCAAGACCAAGUAGUGAUCUGGCAGCACAGAAACUUUCCCUUUUUGUGCCUCUUCACUGGUUAUGCUCUUCCCUUUCUUAUUGCCAAAUUUGGAUGGAAUGAUGGAUCAGGCGGCCUUCUCUAUGCUGGCAUCAUCCGAGUAUUUCUCUUCCAGCAGGCAACUAACUGUGUUAACUCAUUGGCACAUUGGCUCGGAGAUCAGCCGUAUGCAGAUGCAACCUCGCCAAGGGACCACAUUUUAACUGCUCUAGUUACGUUUGGAGAAGGCUACCAUAACUUCCACCAUGAGUUUCCCACCGAUUACCGGAAUGGCAUUAGGUGGUUUGACUAUGACCCUACUAAAUGGUGUAUAUCGCUUUGGGGUUGGCUGGGGUUGGCAAGUCAUCUACAGGAGUUCGAGGCCAAUGAGAUCAACAAAGCCAUCUUUCAACAGAAGUGGAAGCUGGUCGAACGACUCAAGUGCCAAAUUAACUGGGGCCCUGCGGUUGAUACACUCCCUAUCUACUCUUGGUCCGAAUAUGAGGCUCUCUGUAUACAUCUCGGCGGCUCUAGACACUUGGUCUGUAUCUCAGGGGUCAUAUACGAUGUUGAGCGAUUCAUUGAGAGUCAUCCAGGUGGUAGAGCUCUCCUAGUGGCACACAUUGGCAAGGACGCUACUGCAAGCUUCCACGGUGGCGUUUAUAAACAUUCUAAAGCGGCUAGCAACUUAUUAGAUAAUAUUCGUUUUGGAGUUGUCCGCGGAGGGGGUCAAGUGGAGGAGACACAUUAA